AUGAUGGGCGGUAGAGGGGCUGUCCGGGGCACUGGAGCCAGUCGUGUGCACCGUCCCUUGCAGCCUUGUGCGCACAGCCUCUGUAGUUCCAAUGCUCCUGCACCCUCUGUGAGCAUAGCCACUCUGCAGCGCAGGACAGGGGCCUUUGGUUCCGGAGAAGAGCAGCCCUGCCCCACGGCACCGGGAAGCACGCGACAGAUAGAACACACCUUGCCAAAGGCUGCUAGCGAUCCUGAGUCUUCACAGCUCAGCCUUUCAGGGUCGUCGGACCACAAAGUGAUUCCGAGCUACUCCGAGUUGUUCGCAGCCUCUGUGGGCAACGUAGACUGGCUUCGGUUCUGUCUAAAUCGGGAGCACAAGGAGAUCACAGUCGAUGACAAGGGCUUCACAGCCAUCCACUUCGCAGCCCAGCAAAGAAAGCUUUCCUGCCUUCAGGUCCUGGUAGAGGAGUACAAGUUUCCUGUGGAUCUGCCUACCAACAAUGGCCAGACGCCCCUGCACCUUGUCAUUCAUAAAAACAACAAGUCCGACAUCAUCCCCUGCAUUGACUACCUCCUUAAGAAAGGGGCUGCCAUCAACGCUCAGACAUGCCAUGGCUUCACACCCCUGCACCUGGCUGCCCGCAAUGGCCUGCUGGGAUGUAUGAAAGUCCUGGUUCAGAGUGGAGCCAAUGUGCAUGCCCAAGAUGCCAUGGGCUUCAAACCCAUCAACUACUGCAAACUAUGGAACCACCGCACCUGUGCCCGGUUCUUGAAAGAUGCCAUGUGGAAACAGGACAAGAAGGACUUUGCCCAAGAGAUGGGGAAACUGAAGACCCUGAAGGAGAAGCUGGCCAUUUUGGAGUACCGAUACCUGAUUGAAUAUCAAAAAGAACAGCGAAUUCUGAGAGAGGCUCACUUCAGAACAUGGCUCCAAGGCAAGCUGCUGGGUCGGCCCCAGAGUUCUGCUGACUCCAAGCAACAGGCUGGUGUCCGACCUUGGCCAUUGGCUCUCUCCAAGACUCUAAGACCUCAGAUUGCCAAAAGCUUCCCAUCUUAUCCUUCCGUGGAGGCUCAACUACAAAGCUUGCCCUCACCUGUGGUGCCACCCAAGCCCAUCUACAAGCAGACUACCAUCAGUCGGCCUAAACUGUGGAAUAUUAGCAAUAACCCUGACAGGUCCCCGACCACAAAGAUUGGCUACCCUCAGGGUAUACGGCUGGGUGUGCAUCCAGACCCGUAUAAGGAGCAUGACUUUUGCAGAUUCCUGGAGGUGACUCGGAAUUCCCUCGGAGGUGCAUGGUUACGCACAGCAGACAAUCACUUGGUGACACCUGUACCCCACCUGCCUUUUGAGGUGAUGGUCCGGGUACUGUACCCAGGGGCGAAACCCUACAGGAUGAAAGUACCCCAGGGCUUGUAUCCACUUGAUAUCCUCAAAGUGCCCCAGAAACGGCAUUUGGGAGAUACCUCUUCCAACACAUUGGCUAUGAACCUGCGUGAGACAUUUGAUGAACCCUUCCUGGCUACCAUGGAAGCUUGCCAGACUCAAGUAGCCCUACCCUCCAAGGAAGUUCUCACAUAA